UCGAAUCGUGUUCUAAUAAUCAGCUGGGUUACUCAGAACUCGCUGAUAUUUUAUUACUAUAUAUACUACACUUCUACUGUAUAAUGCCUCCAGUAUCAAUAACGGACGAGGCCCCAAAGAAAUCUCUUCGUGUGGCCAUAAUUGGUCAGAGUACAUUUGCAGCUGAAGUGUUCAAACUACUUCAGAGAGACGGACAUGAAGUUGUUGGGGUAUUUACAGUUUUGGACAAGGGCAAUAGGGAGGACCCCCUGGCCACCAUUGCAGCACAGAAUGGAAAACCAGUUUACAAAUACAAGACAUGGCGCAUAAAAGGCAAAGUAAUCCCAGAAAUUCUAGAACAAUAUAAAUCUGUAAAUGCAGACAUCAAUGUGCUGCCAUUCUGCACACAAUUCAUCCCAAUGGAAAUCAUCACACACCCCCAGUACGAGAGCAUAUGUUACCACCCCAGUAUACUACCGAGGCACAGAGGAGCAUCAUCAAUUAACUGGACACUAAUAGAAGGCGACACGACGUGUGGACUGUCCAUCUUCUGGGCAGACGACGGUCUCGACACUGGUCCUAUCCUGUUGCAGAAAUCGUUCCCAGUGACCAUAGACGACAAUGUCGAUACUAUAUACAACAAGUAUUUGUAUCCUGAAGGUAUAAAGGCGUUGGCAGAGUCUGUUAAUAUGGUUGCCAACGACACAGCGCCUAAAAUCAAGCAAACCGAAGACGGAGCUACAUAUGACCCCGCACUCUUCAAACCAGAAACACACCAGAUCGACUGGUCAAAAGGAGGAAUUGCAUUACACAACUUUAUCCGUGGUUUGGAUUCAUCCCCCGGUGCCACCACACUCAUCCAUGCGCAGACUCGGGAUGGCGUGGUCGAAGGCAGCGAACCAAACGUAGAGAUCAAAUUCUUCGGGUCCAGUCUCUGGGAGGGGGAAUAUGAAACUGCAGGGGACAAAUUAGUGAUACCAGGGUUGGGCAAAGCGGCCGUUAUACACGAAGCUGGCUUACUGAUUACUGCUAAUGAUGGUGUAAAGCUAAACGUACAAAGAUUGAAAGUAAACGGUAAAAUGAUAAACGCACAGAACUUCUUCAAGGCGAACGAUAAUAAGGUUACUUUAGAACUGACAGCGGAAGAGAAACAAUUCGUAGAAAAUGCCCGGGACAUUUGGAAGGCUAUCUUACGGAUAGACAUUGAGGAGGAAACAGACUUCUUUGAAUCAGGAGCCGGCUCCAUGGACGUAGUGAGAUUGGUGGAAGAAAUUAAAGACUUAGCAAACAUAGAACUACAAAAUGAAGACAUAUAUAUGAAUACAACAUUUGGUGAUUUUUUCAAUGCAGCCAUUACAAAAGCGAGAGGUGGUUCGAACAAAAAGGAAAUAGAAUACGAAGGUGUAGAAUUAGAUGUCAACAAAAUGAAGGUUAAGUUUCCAACGCAAUUGUUCAUAAAUGGAGAAUUUGUUAAUUCCGAAAGUGGGAAAACGCUGACGAUAGUGAAUCCUAGUGAUGAGAGUGUAAUCUGCAAAGUGCAGAGUGCGUCAGCGACGGAUGUCGACAGAGCAGUGCUUGCCGCCAAGAAAGCGUUCGAUGAUGGAGAAUGGACAAAGAUCAGCGCCAGGGAGAGGGGACAGUUAUUAUUUAAGCUAGCAGAUCUAAUGGAACAACAUAAAGAAGAAUUAGCAACAAUAGAAUCAAUAGAUUCAGGCGCAGUCUACACAUUAGCCCUUAAGACCCACAUAGGCAUGUCAAUAGAAACAUGGAGGUACUUUGCAGGCUGGUGUGAUAAAAUCCAAGGUAGCACAAUACCCAUAAACCAUGCUAGACCUAAUAGAAACUUGACGAUGACCAAGAGAGAGCCAAUCGGCGUGUGUGCACUGAUCACCCCAUGGAAUUACCCCCUGAUGAUGCUGUCAUGGAAAAUGGCGGCGUGUUUGGCGGCCGGGAACACAGUUGUGAUGAAACCUGCAGCUGUAUGCCCUUUGACCGCGCUGAAGUUUGCGGAGUUGGCGGUGUUAGCUGGCAUUCCAGCAGGCGUCAUCAACAUCGUACCUGGCAGCGGCCCCGGUGCGGGACAAGCGCUUGCUGACCAUCCCCUCGUCAGGAAGCUAGGAUUUACUGGCAGCACGCCUAUAGGUCAAACUAUAAUGAAGUCUUGCGCUGUUUCAAACAUGAAGAAGGUAUCGUUAGAGUUGGGCGGGAAAUCGCCCCUCAUCAUAUUUGAGGACUGUGAUCUCGACAAGGCUAUCAGAAACGGAAUGGGGUCAGUGUUCUUUAAUAAGGGUGAAAACUGCAUCGCGGCGGGCCGAUUGUUUGUUGAGGAGCGUAUCCACGACGAGUUCCUUCGCCGGGUGGUAGAAGAGACCAAAAAAAUCAGCAUCGGCGACCCUCUGCACCGAGGUACUUCACACGGACCCCAAAACCACAAAGCGCAUAUGGAUAAGUUGAUUGAUUAUUGCGAGAGAGGAGUCAAGGAAGGCGCUAAGCUGGUGUACGGCGGCAAACGGGUUGAUCGUAAAGGUUACUUCUUCAUGCCGACUAUUUUCACCGAUGUCACUGAUGACAUGUACAUAGCUAAAGAAGAGUCCUUCGGCCCUAUCAUGAUCAUCAGUAAAUUCAGUAGCAAAAAUCUGGACGAUGUGGUGAGACGGGCGAACAGCACAGAGUACGGGCUUGCCAGUGGUGUGUUCACACGUGACAUCUCUCGCGCAUUACAACUCACCGACCGCAUCGAAGCCGGCACUGUAUUCGUCAACACUUAUAACAAAACGGACGUGGCAGCGCCUUUCGGCGGCUUCAAGCAGUCCGGCUUCGGGAAGGACUUAGGUCAAGAGGCUUUGAACGAGUACCUCAAAACAAAAUGUGUGACAAUAGAAUAUUAAAAAACAAUAAUUAAUAUAAGAUUAUAUGUGAUAAGUAAUUGUGAUAAAAUGAAUGCACCAAAUAUGGCGGAAUUAUUGUUUUGUACAUUUGUUAUAUAAUUAUUAAUUAAUUAAUGCUUAUUGACUGUUACUAAUUGUUACUAAUUGUAAAUAAUUAUAUUUACUGAAUUCGAAUAAUAGAUAAGU